AUGCCCGCGCGCCGGCGUCCUCCAGCGGGGUCGCGGACCGAACUCCCUCCGCUGAAGAUCAUCCGCAAGAUCCUCCUACUACAGGCUGCAUACUAUGUUAGCGCCACAGUGCUCAUCUUGUUCACGACAGUGGUUUAUGGCGCGCCAUUCUCGCUAGACCUGGUCUUCGGCUGGGACUCGCUACGCGGUGAUACGACCAUUGGAUGGAUGCUGGGGUUGGUGUGGCUGUUGAAUUGCUUCAUCGGCGUCAUCUUCCUCCUCCUAUUUGUAUCCCGCUCGAAGCUGGUGCCCGAUUUUGCUCUCACGAUUCACUUCCUCCACCUGAUCGCCACUACACUCUACACCCAUUCCCUCCCUUCCAAUGUCCUUUGGUGGGGACUCCAAUUCGCCAGUGCUGCCAUGAUGACAUUCCUUGGGAUGUGGGCUUGCCAGCGACGGGAGCUAGAACCUAUCAAAUUUGGUGGACAUGGCGGUACGCAAGCCGGCCCGUCACAGACAUCUGAUGGGGAUGACCAGCAGGAGUCGAGCUUUGGUCGUGGUCGUGGCCGAGAGCGCAGCUUGCAAGAAUAUGAAAUGGAUGAUAUGAAGCACAUGGGCGAGCAUGCUGUAUGA